AUGUCUAACCAAGGAGAAAUGCGUCCUCAGGGUCAAUCCGACCCUAGCAAGCUACAUAAUAGUACCCAAGCUGAAGUUAGCAAGGAAGGAGUUUGCGGGCUUCCUAAUCAUUCUCCCUCCUCUCACAUCCACACUUGGGUCAAAACGGACAGCAUUAACGGGAACCGCUCCGAACAACCCUCAUCUCAACCAACUACAACCUCGACUGCCCCCAACCCACUCCAAGCCCUCACAUUCGCGAACCUUGCAGCACUCAACCGAUGCUACAAUGACAAGUUUGGCAAUCUUGCAGAUAUCUUAACAGCAUACAAACUACGAGAGAAGAAUAACGUGGCAUGCAAGGAAUAUGGUGUCGAAGUCCCUGACUGUUGUGUGCCCGGUCAACAUCAGGGGAAGACGCCGAUGGAGAACUGGGUGGAAUCUAGGUGUGAUCCUGGGAUACUGUCUCAUUGCUCCUACAAUGGCCGGAAGGAGGAUUUGGGUGUGGAAGAGGCUGUCGAGGAGGAAGAGCAAGAACGUGAUGGUUGA